CUUUGCUGAAAUCUCACCCAGAGGUCGCUGGUGUUCGGAAGGAAUCUUUUACCGUCGGUGUUUUUAUUUGUAAACCGUAAACAUUGUUAAAUUGAAGUAAUCUUCAAUUUGAUCUCUUUGGAGUUUGUAGCCAGUGAGCCCUCAAAAUGGCAGCUUUCCUGGGUGUUGUCCGUCAGCAACUCGCUUCGCUGAAUCACACUGCGGGAAGUCACAAAGACCAAGCGGACAGGUUCCGUACUAUUCUUGAGUCUAUUAUGAAUUCUGCAGGCGCUGAACUCGCCGACUGCCUCAAACUUUUCAUUGACGCAAUCAUUAACGAGCAAGUAAGCUUGGUCAUAUCUCGGCAAGUGCUGUCAGAUGUUGGUCAACAUCUUACAAAAUUGGAUGACGAACUCUCGAAAAAUAUAGCUCAUUACACUCUAGAAAAGGUUCAACCACGUGUUAUCUCCUUUGAAGAGCAGGUGUCUAACAUCCGUCAACACCUUGCCGAAAUUUACGAAAAAGAACAAAACUGGCAAGCUGCCGCUAAAGUCUUGGGCGGAAUUCCUCUGGAAACUGGCCAAAAGCAGUAUUCUGUGGACUACAAACUUGAAACUUACAUGAAAAUUGCUCGUCUGUACUUGGAAGAUGGUGACUCCAUUUUGGCGGAAGCUUUUAUUAAUAGGGCAUCUUUGUUGCAAGCUGAAACGAAGGAUGAACAGCUUCAAAUUUAUUACAAAGUAUGUUAUGCCAGGGUUCUUGACUAUAGAAGAAAAUUCAUUGAAGCUGCACAAAGAUACAAUGAAUUAUCAUACCGCAUCAUUAUUCAUGAGGAUGAGCGUAUGACAGCUUUGAAAAGUGCUCUUAUCUGUACAAUGUUAGCUUCUGCUGGACAACAACGAAGCCGUAUGCUUGCAACUUUAUACAAAGAUGAACGCUGCCAGCAUUUGCCUGCUUAUAAUAUCCUGGAAAAGAUGUAUUUGGACCGAAUUAUUCGUCGUUCAGAGCUUCAGGAAUUUCAAGGAUUGCUUCAGCCUCAUCAAUCUGUGACCUUAGAUGGCUCAACUAUUUUAGAUCGAGCAGUGAUUGAGCAUAAUCUUUUAUCAGCUAGCAAGUUGUAUAAUAAUAUAACAUUUGAAGAGCUAGGAGCUCUUUUAGAAAUCACCCCUGAGAAAGCAGAGAAAAUUGCAAGCCAGAUGAUCACAGAGGGAAGAAUGAAUGGUUUCAUUGAUCAAAUUGAUUCCAUUGUGCAUUUUGAGACCAGGGAAGUCCUUCCAGCCUGGGAUAAGCAGAUCCAAUCUAUCUGUUAUCAGGUCAAUUCAGUUAUUGAAAAAAUCGCUCUCCAUGAACCUGCCUGGCUUACCAAAGUGGGUGAUGAAGAUAUGAUGGUUUAGAAUGUUUAUGUAAUUAAUUAAUGGCCAAAUGUUUCAAGUUGUGUAAUUAAAAUUUAAUUUAAGCAAA